UCAGGUCUUCUGGAGGUCAUAGCGCUAACAGAGAAAUUCACCUUCAAUCCUAAGGAGGGAAUAGACAACCCAGCAAUGGUCAUCUCAGAUGAUGCAGAGCCUUGCUUGAGACCCACACUGCGUCUCUGCAUUCUUAAACGUGAAGAGGGUGAGUCCUUCAGCUUCCACCUGCGUGUGGAGAAGGGCUGCCUUGGUCGUGUGAUCAGACAUGUGACGCCAUGCGGGGUGGUGGAGCGCGGCGGUCUCAGAGACGGGGAUCGACUUCUGUAGGUCAAUGCGGGCUUUGUGGAUGACAUGAUACACCCAAAGGUCAGUGGCACAGCUGUCAGUUUUUUGGUGGCCAUGCGUAUGAAGCUUAGUGGGCGCCAGCUGUGUCUACUGGUGUUGGAUAUAGCUUCAGGCUUUGGAGUCAACUUCCUGCUUGUGGAAGGGGAGAAGGGCCGGAUCUCAGUGAGCCUGGUGAGCGGGGGUCCAGCCGAGAGAGCGGGGGUGUGUAGGGGAGACCGCCUGCUGUGGAUCGAUGGCAACACAGUGUCAGAGCUCACAAACUCUGUUCUCAGCAAGAUGGUGAAGAAGUGCAGGGACCACAUGACCAUCCUGGUGAUUGACAGUGAGAGUGAGCAGAGCUAUGUCCGUUGGCGGAUGCCUAUCCUUCCCACCCUGGCUGGUUCCCACCACAACCUGCCACAUUCACCCAGGAAACUCCAGCUGGUCCCUGGACCCAAGGGUCAGAGAGGAGAUGACACCGACACCGUGAUGAUACAUAUACAAACAAACUCAACUAUGCAUACCAUAUUCCUUUGUGUUCUCCAGAAAGGACCUCUGGGUUUCGGCAUUAACUUGGGCUGUGUCCAGGACACCCCUGGAAUCUUUGUAAGCCAGGUGGCGCUGUGGGGCUCUGGGAGUAGAGCAGGACUUUUGGUAGGGAACGUGGUGAUGGAGGUGAACGGACAGAACAUGGAGGAGAACUGUCUGGAGAAUGUGAUGGUUCUGGUUCAGGAGGGAGGACAUUCCCUUUCUCUUUUGGUUGUGGAGAAGAGUGGGUACAACAAGCUCGGACAGAGCCAGAGUCCCUUUACUGCUGUAGAGGCUACGGUGGAGGAGGAAACUGAUGGCAUAUCUGCCCUGUGA